AUGUCGGAGAGCCACGCCGACUCAGACGCAACGGCGGACUCCCUGGCCUACGCCGCAGCACUUUCUCAAUGCUACUGCCAUUUACUAGCCGGCCAACGGGAGACAGAGGACUCUGGGGCCGCUGUUGCCGCCGCCACCGCCGCCGUCGCCCUUGCCAUUCCUGCCGCUACCGCCGGCGCGAACGGCGGCCUGUCGAAUGCGACUUGUGCUAAUUCACCACGACCUCGACAAAGAAUCUAG